AUGAGUUUGAGUAAGUAUUCUAAACCAACAUUGAACGAUCCCAAUUUAUUUAGAGAAUCUGGUUAUAUUAAUGGCGAAUGGAUUAAGGGUACUGAUGAAUUUUUUGAGGUUGUAGACCCUGCAUCUGGUGAAAUUAUAGCAAAAGUCCCUGAACAACCAGUCUCUGUGGUUGAAGAAGCGAUUGAUGUUGCCUACGCAACUUUCAAGACUUACAAAAAUACAACACCAAGAGAAAGGUCCAAGUGGCUCAGAAACAUGUAUGAUCUAAUGCUUGAAAAUUUGGACGAUUUGGCAACGAUCAUUACUUUAGAAAAUGGUAAAGCCUUAGGAGAAGCCAAAGGAGAAAUCAAAUAUGCAGCCUCGUAUUUUGAGUGGUACGCCGAGGAAGCACCUCGUUUAUAUGGUGCUACUAUUCAACCUUUGAACCCCAGCAACAGAGUUUUUACAGUGAGACAACCUGUGGGUGUAUGUGGUAUUGUUUGUCCUUGGAAUUUCCCAAGUGCAAUGAUUACUAGGAAGGCUGCUGCUGCCUUGGCUGUAGGCUGUACAGUAGUAAUUAAACCAGACUCUCAAACGCCAUUGUCUGCUUUGGCAAUGGCUUAUUUGGCUGAAAAGGCUGGCUUCCCAAAGGGUUCAUUUAAUGUUAUUCUUUCACAUGCAAACACACCAAAACUUGGUAAGACAUUAUGUGAAUCGCCAAAAGUCAAAAAGAUUACCUUCACUGGUUCUACAAAUGUUGGAAAGAUUUUGAUGAAGCAGUCUUCGUCUACUUUGAAGAAACUAUCUUUCGAACUGGGUGGUAACGCCCCAUUUAUUGUUUUUGAAGAUGCCAAUUUAGAUCAAGCCUUGGAACAAGCCAUGGCUUGUAAAUUUAGGGGACUGGGCCAAACCUGUGUGUGUGCAAAUAGACUUUACGUUCACUCGUCUAUAAUUGAUAAGUUUGCCAAAUUAUUGGCUGAGAGUGUGAAAAAAUUCGUAAUUGGACAUGGUUUAGAUCCUAAGACCACCCAUGGUUGCGUUAUUAACUCCGAUGCUAUUGAGAAAGUUGAAAGACAUAAAAAAGACGCCAUUGACAAAGGAGCAAAAGUUGUACUCGAAGGAGGGCGUUUACCUGAGUUGGGGCCCAACUUCUAUGCUCCUGUUAUAUUGUCACACGUUCCAUCAACAGCUAUUGUCUCUAAGGAGGAAACUUUUGGUCCAUUAUGUCCAAUUUUUUCAUUUGACACUAUGGAGGAAGUUGUUGGGUAUGCAAAUGACACUGAGUUUGGUUUAGCUGCAUACGUUUUCUCCAAGAAUGUUGACACUUUGUAUACUGUAUCUGAAGCAUUGGAGACUGGUAUGGUUUCCUGUAAUACUGGUGUUUUCUCGGAUUGUUCUAUACCAUUCGGUGGUGUCAAGGAAUCAGGAUUUGGAAGAGAAGGUUCACUAUAUGGUAUUGAAGAUUACACUGUUUUGAAGACUAUCACGAUUGGUAAUUUGCCAAAUAGCAUUUAA